UUAAUUCUAGAGUUCUCAUUCACAUUCGAAACACACCCUCUAGUGCUAAGUUUGGUUCCAUUUUCAUGAUUUGUUCUCGAGUUAAUAUAAAAUUUGUAUGUUUAAUUAAAAAUAAACAAACAAAAAUAAAAACAUCUCUAUAGCGUUGCAAAGCAAACCGAGUCAGCUAGCAUCAACCAAACAGAUGCAAUUGCAGGUCACUGCACUUCCUUCAAUGUGUAUACAUUCAAAACACUCGCGCCGUCUUUAAAAUUGCAACUCAAAAUAUAUUGAUGAUAAUACCUGAAUCGAUUGAUAACGCUGCUAAUAUAAAGGUACACAGUUUAAUCGUCCUUAGGAUCAUUGCAGUUCAAACACGAUGGUCGCGAUCGUUCAAUCUGCAUUGCUGCUAAUCGGCAUCGUGGCAGCAAACUUCAUCUGUUCUGCUUCAUCGUAUUCAGUCAGCAGCCAGCUGCCCGAGCCAGGAACAUGUGGAGUUAGCCUGGGAAACCGAGUCCUGGGUGGUAAUCGGACCGACCUCAACGGAUAUCCCUGGACUGCCCUUCUGUUGAUUCAGCCGGUUGUUGGUCCUUACGUUUCUUACGGAUGUGGAGGCUCUCUGAUCUCCGACCAGAUUGUACUGACGGCUGGUCACUGCUUCCGGGAAAUCCCUGACGACUACCGAGUAACCAAGGUCCGUCUAGGAGAAUGGAACAUUCUCAGUGAGAUAGACUGCGUCGAUGGCCUGUGUGCUGAUCCACCAGUCGAAAUUCGAGUGGCCGGCCACAUUGUUCAUCCAGACUACACAUCGGAUGACUACCAUAACGAUAUUGCUCUGAUCAAACUGGAACGUCCGGUUCAGUUCACCGAUUUUAUUUCACCAGUUUGCCUUCCUUUGGCCGAGAAUCUUCGAUCGUUUGAAGAAGCUACCAAGAAGUUCUUCGUCAUCGGAUGGGGAGCUACGGAAAGGGGCCAUCAAGCGCCGGGUAUUUUCGGCAGUCAGUACAAACUGGCCGUAGAAGUUCCAGGAGUAUCUAUGGAUACCUGCCAGAAAGAGUAUCCGAAGAUGAUUGAAUCUGAAAUGUGUGCGGGUGGCCAACGUGGCAAAGACUCUUGCCAAGGUGAUUCGGGUGGCAGUUUGGUCCUGAACGACGAUGGCUACUGGUAUCAGUUUGGCGUGGUGAGCUAUGGCCAUGGCUGUGGAAGAAAGGGAGUUCCUGGCGUCUACACUCGUGUAACCAGCUAUUUGGAUUGGAUUCAGAAGAGAAUGAUGGGACCUUUCCCACCGGAGCCAAAGUGGCCGCUUUACCCAUAAAUAAUGGCAACGUGGAGCCUCAUUAUGUUAAAUCCUGAAUUGUAAAUGUUUAUCCUUUUUUCUGUUUCUUCACACAACAUUUGACUCAGAAUGCUUAAUCGCUUUGUUAGUUUUUUUUAAAAUUUUA